AUGUAUCGAAUACGACCGCCCUUGCACAUGUUCAGCGCAACACGCCCACCUCUCCCGCUCCCGCUCCCGCGACCAGCCCAACGCCGGCCGUACCAACAACUUCCCUUUGGGCGGGGCCCAGGCGCGCAAUACAAGCGCUUCUCUCGCCCCUCUGGCGGGCUCUCGGGGCUCCUGUACCGCUGGGCGGCGCGGCCAAGCUUCUACCGCGACAUUGGCCUCAUCAGCGCCGGCGCCGGCACCGUGUACGUGUACAACCUGGAAGAAGUGCCCGUGUCGGGCCGGCGCCGCUUCAACAUGAUACCCGCGCAGCUCGAAGAAGCCAUGGGCCGCUCGUCGGUCGACCAGGUGCGCCACCAGUACGCCGGCCGCAUCCUGCCCGACCACGAUGUCCGCGUGCGCAAGGUCAACAAGGUGCUGCGGCGCUUGCUGCCUUAUGCUGAGGCUGAAGGCCUCCACGGCCUCGACUGGCAAGUCACGGUUAUCGACAGCCCGGAGCAGAAUGCCUUUGUCGCCCCCGGCGGCAAGGUGUUUGUGUUUACGGGUAUCCUGCCGUUGUGUCGCGAUGAAGAUGGGAUUGCCGCCGUUUUGGGACAUGAGAUUGCCCAUGUUGUUGCGCAUCAUACUGCAGAACGCAUGUCUCAAGCUCCUCUUGUUCUCCUCGGUGUCCUCGCACUCUCCCUCUUCGACAUAUCGCUUUACUCGGGUAAACUCCUCAUCGACCUCUUUCUCUCCAUGCCCGCCUCGCGCAAACACGAGGCUGAAGCCGACUUCAUCGGCCUCAUGAUGAUGGCCCAGGGCUGCUACAGACCCCAGGCUGCCAUGGACUUUUGGGCCCGCAUGGAGAAGAUGGGCGGUGGGGAGCCCCCGCAGAUAUUAAGUACGCAUCCGAGCCAUCAUAAUCGCGAGGAGAAGAUUCGCGAGUGGUUGCCCAAGGCGUUGGAAAAGGCCGAGGCGAGUGAGUGUUAUGGCACGAGUCAGUAUGCAAAUCAAUUCAGCUCUGCAUUCAGUGGCCUUGGAAGGUGGUAA